GGCGAGCGGCUGCGAAGGGGCGGGGUUCCGAUCCCGGAAACCGCGCGGUGAAGUCUGGGUAAGCGGUGCCGGUCGCACCUGCGCACUGUGGCUCUGCGUGUGGGAAGAUGGUGCUCAUCAAGGAAUUCCGAGUGGUUUUACCAUGCUCAGUGCAAGAGUAUCAAGUUGGGCAACUUUACUCUGUGGCAGAAGCUAGUAAAAAUGAAACAGGAGGUGGUGAAGGAAUUCAAGUCUUAAAGAAUGAGCCUUAUGAAAAGGAUAGUGAAAAGGGACAGUAUACCCACAAAAUCUAUCACUUAAAGAGUAAAGUUCCUGGGUUUGUAAGGAUGAUUGCUCCAGAAGGCUCCUUGGUAUUCCAUGAAAAGGCUUGGAAUGCAUAUCCAUAUUGUAGAACAAUUGUGACGAAUGAAUAUAUGAAAGAUGACUUCUUCAUAAAAAUCGAGACCUGGCAUAAACCAGACUUGGGGACAUCAGAAAAUGUGCACGACUUAGAUCCAAACACGUGGAAGAGUGUUGAAGUUGUCCAUAUUGACAUUGCAGACCGAACUCAAGUAGAACCAGCAGACUAUAAAGCUGAUGAGGACCCAGUAUUGUUUCAGUCGGUGAAGACCAAGAGAGGACCUUUGGGGCCUAACUGGAAGAAAGAGCUAGCAGCUGAUGAAGACUGCCCUAAAAUGUGUGCCUACAAGUUGGUGACUAUCAAAUUUAAAUGGUGGGGACUACAGAACAAAGUAGAAAACUUUAUCCAAAAGCAAGAAAAGAGGAUAUUUACCAACUUCCAUCGCCAGCUGUUUUGUUGGAUUGACAAGUGGAUUGAUCUGACUAUGGAAGACAUCAGGAGAAUGGAGGAUGAAACCCAACGAGAGCUGGAAGCGAUGCGUAAGAAGGGUUCCGUUCGAGGCACAGUGGCUGCUGACGUCUAGAGGAAUCCUCUGUAGGUUCAGAGGCAAAAUCAAGCUGUUUACGUAAUCAAGGCCAAGUGAGAGGAACAAGUGCUGCCAAUGAUGAAUGAUGAUGGAUCUGACCUGUCACUUGCAGUGUUGAUACACAGAUGUGUGUGUGGAUGCAUGAUUAUCUGUAUAUAAUUAUAUAUACAUACACGCAUACUGAGGGGCUGUUACAGUUUCUCUAGGGUACUAUACCCAUCUUCAGCAAAGAUACAAAGGAAACUGCUUUCAUUAUAAACCUGAAGCAAAUACAGAUUGACUGAGUAGUGUCAUUUAAAGGAUAAAUUGACUGCAGAAUUAUGCUAACUGGUAUGUUUCCUGAAUGUCAGUACUGGACCAAUUUAUUCCCUACCUUUGUUUGUUUAUUUCCCUCUUGAAUCACUCUGCUAUAAUUUGCCUGUGUCUCAUUAUAAGCCAACAAAUUCAGAUAAAUUAAUUUUCAAUUUUGUGUUUUCCCUAUGUGAUUUUGGAAUAGGAACUAUGAAUGUAUUUAUACCUAUUUAUUUCUGGAUUGUCAUCUAAGUCAAAUCGGAAGAUUUUUUUCUAUUAGUGAGAAUUGGAAGACUUUUCCUGUUGAAUGAGGAAUACAAUAAUGGCCCAACUUUUACCCAUUUUGCUGAAAGAAAUCACCUGUUUUAUUGGAGUUUUGUACAUUCAAAUGUUUUCUUCAUUAAAAAUUGGCAAAAUUAAGGAAAAAUGGCUUGUGAUUUAUAACAGUUUGAACUGAACAAUUUUCCAGGAGGCUUUCAAACAAAGUAACUGACAAUACUGGUAUUGAGCCUUUAAAGUAUAUUUUAGGCUGUGUAGUUUAAUUGACGGUGUAGCACUUCCCUAGAAUGACGUUUAUUUCUGAAAUCAUUUUUUUCAAAGUUUUAGUUUGGAAACUAUGCAAAUGGUCUCAAUUUCACACAGAUUGCUCAAUGGAAUAUAACGGUGACUUUUAGCUCUUUUCAUGUUGAAAAUUCACUUUUAAAAAAGAUGUUCACUUUCAGAUAUGAUGAAAGUUUAAAUUGUAGCAUCUGACGACUUUCUCUGAUUUAUUAGAAGUAGACAUAAAAGGAAAGAUGGUAUAAUAAAGGCCUUUUUUAGAUCUCAAAUAGUAAGUUGUCUUCAUGAUUUUUUUAAAGAAAAAUAUUGCAAUGGAGCAUAUCAUAGAUAUAUUAUCAAAAUACUUGUUAAAUCAGGAACAACUUAUUUUAGGACCACUAGUUAGGUAAGGUUUCCUCCCAGAAGCCUCUGUAGGGCGAGGUUUGCUGAAGGAUCUCUGUCUAGUUUUUCAACCCCACACCAGACAUUUGGGAAUAAUUGCUUAUUUAAUUAGCUGAUAGCGGGAGUGAUUCCUCUUCCUUUACAGUCAGCGGCAAAACUCUCAUUGAUUUCAAGGGGAGCAGAUCAGGCUUGGAAUAUGACGAGCCCACCUAGUCCAUCCUCCUGCAAUGACGGUCAGGCACUGCAAUGACUGCAGACAAGUGGACAUGGAUAUUUUUUUUUGUAUGUCUGUACUGUAUUAUUGCCUCACUAUUGUCCAUGCUACAAGGUCAGUCUUCAGUUAAUCCUUCCUCGCCUAGCAAUGAAAAUGGAUGUCUAUUCUCUGUACCAGCAGAAGAUUGGUUUUGUAAAAACUUUUAAACCAUGUUUAUAUAACUUGCUACAAGGAGGGUUUUUGCAAAUUUGUGAAACUAAGGGCUCAGUUCUCUUUUCAGUGCAGGAAUGUAACUCCCGCUCUCACCAAUGGGAGCCGGAAUACAUUCCGAGGAGGGAAAGGAACCCCUAUCAUUUCUAUUGUUUUUUGGACUAGCUAUGAAAAUUUGAGGGAACUUUGUAGUGAAUGUAAAUGUUUAGUUUACUUUGGCAGUCUCUGAUGUGAACUACAGUAAAACAGUCAAUGGAAUUUAAUUAAAUAAAUUUGAUCAUAAAAUA